AUUAAUUCCCUGCUCCAGCUUGCAGCCCAGCGUCUGCGCCCAGCGAGGAAACAAAAUCGAAGAACGAAAACUGAGGCAGAGUUGCGACGAAGAAGGCGAGAAUCUGUGAGCUGCGACCCUGCGACAAAGAGAACACCGAGCCCACCACCCGCGCCUUGUUCCGCCUUCCACUUCGCGCGUCCAGGGCAUUCUUCGUCAGCCGUCCAGCAUCCUUUCUCUGGGCUCUGCCUCCAGUUCUGGCGCAGCUGCGCAGAAUAACUGCACCUUGCAGCCUCCCAGGGUGGCUGGACAGACUUUGGAUCUCAAAUACACCGAGAAGGGAAAAAAGCGAUUCUUGUGAGUUGAAACGCUCCGGCCUCCAGACCACCAGCUAAUUCAACAGAGAAGCAGUGUUGAAAGAAAUGGCAAUGAGUUAUAUCAGAUCCUUGAAAAGUGUGACCUUCCCCACGGAGAUGGCUAGAGUGGUUGCCUGCAGAACAUUUGCUGUGGGAGGUAAAGCGAAGAAGGGAUCGAAAGGGGGUGGGGCUGCUGAUGGUCCCAAGGUGUCUUCCCUGAGCAAAGAAGUCAAAGCAAGUACAGUUGUUGGUGCUAAUAUACUCAAGGACGGAACAGACCCCAAAGUGUUGCCUGAUGCCGAGUACCCUGAAUGGCUGUGGCACUUGCUAGAUAAAAAACCAGCACUUAGUGAGCUAAGAAGGAGAGACUUGGAAACUCUUCCCUAUGACGAACUCAAACGCUUUGUGAAGCUGGAUAACCGAGCAAGAAUCAAGGAAAACAAUUCUCUUAAGGCAAAGAACUGAGUUUUGUCCAAACCAGUCCUUCCUAUGUUUCUAAUUUUGAACUUAUGUAUCCUGAAGAAUGAGGAUGGAAUAUUUUGACAAAUAAAGUUUGUUGCGACACAUUGCAAGCAUUUGUUUCACCUCGCAUAAUUGAAUCGGAAAUGUGGUUAGGUUCAUUCAUUACAUGUGCGCAGUGGAUCCAUUUGGUAAAGUGAGUGCCAAAUUAUUGCUCUGAG